AUGCACACGCAGAAGAUGCUCGGGCUGCUGAACCCCCCGAAGGAAGACAUCGAGAAAGGGCCCAUCAUCACCUGGCACUACAUCUCCACCGACCCCACCACCACCCACGCAGACUGCCCGUUGCUCGACUACCUUCUCAUCCCAGGCCCCGACCCCGUCGCAUCUCUUCCGGACGGGUGUGCCGAUUUCCUGAAGGCGCGUUUCGAUGGCCUCAAAGGCCUGCUCCUGAUCUGCACCGGGGCAUGGCAAUCGCGGAUACGUGCCUCUUGGAUGGUCGAGUUUGCGAAGGUGAUGUUCGACCAAGUGCCGGUGGCGUACACCAAGGAGGAUUUGGAGUACAAGGAAAACCCUGCUCAGCCAAACCCGUUUGCCUACAUCUUGGGUGGGUUGGACUGCAACUGA